AUGGAACUCGGGGCCCCACGGGCUAGUCACCCGGCCACUGUUAGAGAGAUCGACCCGGAAGAGCUAAGAAUCUUACAAGCCGGCGAAGACGUCCAAGUGCCGAGGAGUCAUCUCGCAGGACCUACACUAGAAGCCUGGACAGAGAGGAAUCAAAGGAGGGAUGUCAUGCAGAGCCAGCCAUCACGAAUACGGACGGGCGCCCCCAGAUCAGAAGGAGAAGGAAGACGGCAACGAUAUGCCACCACCGGCAACGGCCCUGUUAGACAGAGCCUCUACGACUGGGCUGUUACAGCGCCCCCUCCAGGUCGUGAUCUGCACGAUUUGAAUUCGAGUGAGGACAGCGACGAAGACAUGGAGGGUAUGAGCACCGCUGCUCCCGAAACUGACAUGAACGCGAGACGAGAUCUUCAACGACUCGAAAGAGCAUUGCAAAAUUAUCGCUCAGCAAGGAGUGCUUUGAGAUCGGACUUGGAUGCGGUGUCAGCAAGGACUGCUUCAAUGAGAUCGGACUUGGGUGCGGUGCCAACAGUUAGCGCCCUUCGAGCCUAUUGGAAUGAAGAAGCUGCCGCCGUCGACAGAGCCGGCAGAACAUCCAUUCCGUCAGGGGUUUCCAACCAGAACCAACACGAGCGACUAAGGCGGCAUGUGGAACACGUGCGAUUACAUACCGAACGCGAUCACCGAGAAUUUGAAUUUAUUUCUCGGUCGACAACGCGAGCGGAAUGUAAGAAGUCCGAUGCCUUUGCUCGCGUGAGAAACACGAUCCGAUAUCUCUCACAAUUACGACAUACUGGGGUGGAGGGUGGCUUAGAACUAGCCAAGGAACUCGAACUGGACUCUUUAUACGAAUCUGAAGAAGCCAAUAUACCUAGCGAUCUCCCUAUGCACGUCAACAGCCUCCCUAUCCCACAAUACAGUUCAUGGCUGGAGCCAGGAAUGGUUUGGCACGGUCUACAGUCAACCGAAAGAGAACCGGCGCGCAGCACGGCGACAUGGGCGUCCAAUCUUCGCCGGGAGAGACAGCGAGAUUUACUUCGUCGGACUUUCGCGCGAAGACGGGAGGUGGAAACGGGCAGCGGCACUGCUGAUCCUGAACGUGUCCCGUCGGGGUUGCUGGUCAGCGCAGAGCGCUACCUCCCUGAUCUCUUACAAGACGGCAGUGCACUAUGGGGGUCCUCAUGGGGGUCCUCCCAACUCUCGACGCUUCCACUAACAUCCCACCCUGCUCAGCCUUCCACUCAAGGCCUGGAAUCCGACCAUUGGCCAGUUCAAGUAACCAUUCACUCGGUUGACUGGAAUACCAUGACGCUUACAGGCACAAUGUCGGCUAGCCAUAUGCCCGAGAAACUCUCAUCUUCUCACCAGCCUCUCCCCCAACCGCAUACUGCCACCACGAGCAUGUCCUCAUUCUUCACCGGGGAGAUUAUUGACUUUCGACAACAACCGCUGGAAACCGAGGGAGAAGGACGCCCGUACCGGGUGGGGGGCUUGGAUACAGACGCGCGGUAUUGGGCUCGUCUCGGGCCUUUCAGGAAAGAAAUUGAAAAGGUGAGACGGCUGCGCGGCAAGAGAAGGGGUGAAUAUCAACAUGACAGUCGUCUCUGGGAAGCAUUUCGAAAAGCUGCCGGUGCUGAAGGGGAAAAUAAAGAUACGCAAGUACUGCCGGGCAUUUCCAGUCCAGCGACAGAGCAGACGGAAACCGAAACAACGUCGAACACCGAGGACACCGGGGCAAUGGCAAUGGAAACGGACGAAAGUAGAGAAGCAGAAGAUGACGAAGUCAUGGCCCGCAGCUUGGGCAGUGCCAAAUGGAUUGAAGAGAAACUGGGGCGGGAAUGGAUUCUGAUGCGUUGGAAGGAACGGUGUUUCGUCACACCUGCUGGGACGGCAGGAAGCGCUUCGUCUUCCAAUGCUACACCGACUACGAGGAUAGUCACUACGAUGUCGCCCACAGCCACCAACAUCGGCUCGUCCCCUACGGCGAACGGUCACGGCAGCACGUCAUGGGGCCUGACCAUCUCCGGGUUCUACUACAUUGCCUUGAACCGACUCACGGGCGAAAUCGACGGGCUAUACUACGAUCCAGGCUCGCAGCCCUACCAGGCACUCAGGAUGGUUCCGGAGGGCACCUCGCUCCGCGGCUUAGUUGAUCGAAGUGAAUGUCCAGGCGCCGAGGGAGGCAAUCCGAUCAGUACACCUGGGCCGCGUGGCGGGAGGUUCUGUGUUUGUGGAUGCGCCGAGGUCAAUUGCAAGGAAAGAGUCGGGCUGAAGAAGUGGUUUCCGUCGGUCGAGCUCCGGUGA